AUGGAUGAAAUCGGACAACAUAUAUAUCGAUAGAAAAAACAUUUUCCGUCUCAAAAUCGGAUAUAAUUUUUCUUUGCAUUUAAAGGGUUUCCAUUUGGAUUUGGUACCGCCCCAAUUAACAAAUACGCCGGCGCCGGCGAUCCUCAGAUAACCAAUUCUCGGUAUCAUCGGGAAUCAUGGACGAUCACCAUAUACACAAGAUUCAAAUCUCCGGUACUACUCUAGCCUCUGUUCUCCACCGUUUUUUCUCAUCUUCCGGUGACAUCCACGGUUUACUCUUCGGCCACGUGUCAUUCUCCACCACCAUCUCUCUCUCCGAUGACCUCACGUCCAAUUUCUCCUCAGUAACCGCCAUGAACUCCGCCUCAUCUUCCGGCGCUGAUGGACCAACUCUUACCGCCACCAUCACCGAUUUCCUCUCCAUCCCUUCUCACUUUCCCCUCCCUUUACAGCAUAAGCACCGUGAGGACCCUUCCUGCGUCCUUCUAGGGUGGUUUUCCGGUCGACGGAAAACCCCUUUGAGACCUUCUUUGAAGGAUUCUACUACUACCAUUUCUCUCUCUUCCUCUGUUUCUCACUCUUUUACCCCUCAAAAUUCUCCGUAUCCACUUUCGCUGCCACCAUCUUUGUUCCUUCUGUUAUCGACGCCGUUUCAGGAACAACUGAUUCAUACCCAUGAAUACAAAGCUUUCCAAUACCGUAUUUCGACUGAUUCAUUUGACCCCAAAAGCUUAGAUGUUAUCAAUAUUGGUCCUUCGUUUCGAUCCCAUUAUGGUUCUUUCAGUCCUAUUUCACCAUUUCCUUCAAUGACAUGUGACUUGAGGGGACCUAAUGCAAUGGCAGAGGAUGAAAAGGCGGAAACCUUGGUGGGUAUUAAGAGGGGUUUGAAGGAUCAGAAGGAAUUGGAUUUGUGUGCUGAGGGUUUUGAAAUUGGGAGAUUGAGCAAGUUAAUGGGCUCAGAUUCAUCAAAUUAUACUGCUGAAUUGGAGCAUUUAUAUGAUAAAAUGCUUCUUAAGCUUGAUAGUUUGGCUAGAUCGGUGGAAACGAGCUCUGCUAAGGUUCUCGAACAGGAAAAGCAUAACAUGAAAUUAAGGUACAAAAUUGCAGGCUUGGAAUGAAUUUUGAUAAUUCAGGCUGGAAUUUCUCCUUUUGUAAGAUCAGCUGUCGGUGAGGAUGGGUACUGAUGAAGCCUUUAAGGAACAUAAUUGGUGCUUGUAGGUGUGCAUUUUUGAUGAACUGAGUUGUGAAGAUCUUCAUUACUUUUUAUGCCAUUCCCAAUGUAUUUUUAGCUAUGUAAGUUUAGCUUUGUCUCUAUAAAAAGACGGCCAAUCGUUGUUCAUAUUCUCAAAUCGGUUGAAAUUUCUGCUUAGUUUUGGAUUGAAUCUCCAAGACAAAUGUCUUGGACUUGGUUUAUAUACAUUUGUACUUCUAUUAAGAACAUUGUUAUUACCUUUAUGACCCCUAGAGCAAUCAGAAAUAGCAAGGGAAUGUUGAUUCUUGAUGUUGA